CACACUUGAUAUCAAGUAAAGCAUAAAAGCAGAGCUCUUUGUGAAACUCCACAAAAUCGUCCUCUGAAAUUCUGAAGGUAACGAUCUGAAAAUCAAGUUCAUGGCAAUGCUGGGAAGUCUGCUGCUCUUCAUCAUGUUCUCCAUGGGAAACACAGAAGUAGACCUACCUUAUCCAGUUGGUAUAGAUAAAAACUGCCACUAUGGAUGGACACCUUUUGGAGACCGCUGCUACAAGUUCUUCUCUCAGUCGAUUAGCUGGAUCGCAGCAGAGAGAAAGUGUAUAGAUCAGCAUGCAAAUCUGGCAUCUGUGCACAGUGAACUGGAAAACGAUUUUCUGUUGAGUCUGGUGCCAUCUUCUAAACGAUGUUGGUUUGGUGUUCAUGAUGGUGUACAAGAAGGAGCGUGGUUGUGGAGUGAUGGAACCCCAUAUGACUACACCAACUGGUGCGCUGAUGAACCUAACAAUAUUAAUGUCGAGAACUGUGGAGAGAUCAGCUGGACCUCUGACCGUUGCUGGAAUGAUGCUGGCUGUUCUGCCUCAGUGGGCUAUGUUUGUGCUAAAGACCUGUGAGAUCCUACGCAGUCAUCCUGCUCCAGUUACUUUGAUUGGACUACAUUUAGUUUCUGAACUCCUCUUUACAGAAUGUUCUCAACCGAUCUCUUAAUACUGAAACGCCCCUCGAAUCAAUAAAAGCAUUAAAGCAAA